ACUUUCAGCGAGACACGCUAUAUAAGAGAAUGAAGAACCGGCCCGCCAAGAUAAAGCUCGUGUGUUGUCAAUCGUGCUGUUACUCCUCUACCUCCGUCGUUGACAGAAUGUAUUGGCUGUGUCUAGCGGCAUUAGCUGCAACAGCAGCAGCGCAGGGAUCUUACGACCUAGAACCAAGAGUGCCUUAUCCCGGCAAAUCAUCCAGUUUAGGGCCACUCUAUUCGACUGGCCUUAACGCUGGUCAAGGUUUCCGCGAUAACAGCUAUGAGGAUAACAUUGUAACACCUACUCCUUCUCCGACGCCUGCCUUCAGAAAUCCCAGCAGUCAACCACCUCUAUACCGUAAACCAUCGGGCCCACCUCUCGACCAGGCAGCUAUUAGAGUGAAUGGACCACCACGUGGUGGUAUUCUUCGUGGUGGACAACCACAAAAUGCUCGGGAAGCUGAAGAAUUGGAAGAGAAAGAAGAGCCCGAUCGUUUGACUCUUCUUUUACCACAAAGUAAAUUCGAUUGUGUGAAUAAACAAACGGGCUAUUAUGCCGAUGAAGAUCUUAAUUGCGAAGUCUUCCAUUAUUGUCAAGACAACGCGAAACAUUCUUGGAUCUGCCCCGAAGGAUUUACAUUCCAUCAGGUUCAUCUAAUUUGCAUGCCUCCGAGUGGAGACAUCAAUUGCAAAAAGAGUUCGCAGUACCAUUUCGUCAACGAGUACCUUUACAAACCAUUGAACUUGGCUGAAGCUGAGAACAAACCCAACGUAACCUUGAGAUACAGCGAAAGAUACUUCCCGACAGACAUUCACCCGGACGAGCGCGAGGCUGGUGACUAUCAGAUUACUCCUUCUGCACCUAUUCGCCGUCCUACUCCACCUGUGUAUGCGAGUCCCCAACCUACGUUGAAUAGUAUUCCACCGUCAGCACGUCCACAACCAACGGGUCUUCCUCAAUUUCGUUUACCUGUGAAUCAAGUUUUCCGCAGUCCUGAGGAAGUGAACAUUCCUCUUCAACAUAGACGCCCGCAACCUCAACACCAACCUGUGAGAAGAUUCCCUCAAGUACGACCCGAUGACGAAGAGUACGAAUAAAUUCAAUCGGCAUUCCUUUGAUAAUUAUCAUCCAUCGUCGCAAUCAUCGUCACAUUUCUGUCGUUAAUUAUAUCACAUCUGGUGUCAUCAUACAUCUUUCGUUAAAAUUACAAAGAAAAGACAAAAGCACACUUUGGAGUAAUUAUUAUAUUUAUACGAAUAAAGUAUAGUUAUAGUUCUAUGAAUUAAUUGUAUAAUAUAUAAAUCGUUUCUAGCAUUUCAUACUCUUAUUCUGUAGAAAUCUGACAAUUAUUUUUAGAUUGAGAACGAUUGAUAUCCGAAUUUAUAAUUGGUAUGCUGAAUUAGAUAUGAAAUUAUAUUUAUGGAUAUUGCAAACAUGCAAUAUAUGUGUAAUCAACAUUAGUUUAACAGUGAUAACCAAUAAAUUGUUAUUACGUUAUCUUUAAUAACGCUUGUUACUUUAGAAUGUUGUUAUUAUGAAUAUUUUUUAAAUGCGUGCUGAAAAUCCCAAAAACAAGAAAGCAAAAUUUAUAUAAGACGCGCUUAAGGUUAUGUACGCGGAGAAAUAGUCAACCAUCUGUUUAAACGAGUUAUGUAUGAUAUAAAAUAUAUAAAAAAAUUAAGUCAUGCAUAUGUAUCGGAUAUAAUUGAAUAAUGAAAUUAUUUUUUAUUCUUAUAAAGAAAAUGAUAAUAAACUUAGGUGUACAUAUAUAUAUACUGUUAAAAAGAGACAUUGAUGUUUUAUAUUAUAUCACGUAGUAACGAAUAUUGUCAGAACGUCAUAGCGCGGCUCAUGUUGCGUUUUACUGUAUAGAGUUUCUUUUUUAAUUUUUCAGGAUACUUGCAAUAAAUAAAUAAAGAAGAAACAACUGAAAGAAAUAUAAAACAAGUUAGGAUUUGUUUAAUAUACAUUGUUUAUUGAAUUGAACGAGUGAAAAUUUGGAUUUUCUCUUGUUCGCUUUCACAUAUGUAUAUACUUUCUAUAAGUUUCGCCAUAUUGUUUGCUACACUACCGCCUUCUAAAGUAAAAAGGAGUUCGGGGUUAGAAUCAAAGUAUUAACAUUUCGUUUGAUUCACUUAAUGUCCCUGUGUGUUUUUCUUGUUCGAGUAACUUUACACAGUUCCAUCAUUUAUUAAAUCUUACUCAUAAACAACUACGUAGAACAAACUACGUAAGUUUCAUAGUGUUUACAUAAAAAUUAUCGGUGCAUUUUCGUAUACCAUUAAUAACCGACAUUCAAUCAAGAAUUUUGGAACAUGGCUGCUGCUGCUGCUGCUGCUCUGCUCGACGAGCUUAUGGGAAGGAAUAGAAAUGU